UGAGUGCCAUUUCGCUUUUAUAUAUAUAGAUACUUGAAGAAACAUUGUCUCAUCAACGUGAAAUCAAAAUAUGUAUUUUCCAAUGAUAUCAAUAGCAUCAACUUCGUCUAGAUAUCAAGUAUUAGUUUUACAUCUAAAUUCAUUUCUACCCAUCAAACUAUAAUAAGAAUCACAAGCUAUUAGUAUUUCUUAUAGAUAACUUAAAAGUUGUUUCCUAUUCAACCAAAGCUGUUAGUUUGAAAUGAAUAUCAAUAUAAAAUAGAACCUUCUUUAGGCUUAUAGAAUCUAGGCCUCUACAGUAACUAGCCUAUAUAACCAGGUUAUAUAGUUACUGUAAUAGAGGCUACACAAUAUCAAUUUCAACCAGUUUCCUUUUUCCAAUUUUUUCUUGUUUUCUUUUAGACGAAUCGUGGUGGAAAGGUAGAAAGAGAGAAGAAAGCUGAGGAGAGAGAGGAGAGAACAUAGCUCUAAUGAUUCAAUUCAGAGAGAUUUAGUUACUUGUCCUAAAUGUACGGUUACACUGUUCGAUUCAACCGGAGUUUGACAUCACUUCUCUACGCAACUGACAUGGGCUGGCAAACAGACAAACGUCUAGAUGGUAAAACGGCUGUUAUUACAGGGGCAAGCUCAGGAAUUGGAAAGUAUGUUGCCUUGGACUUAUAUAGGAGAGGCGCUCGAGUUAUACUGCCAUGUCUGUCGCGUGUUGAAGCCGAAUCAGCUGUUGCCUGCAUUGAAGAGGAGGUUGGAGGGGAGGGUGUGAGAGGAGGAGUGGGAGAAGGGGAGAGAGGGGAGCUGGUCAUAAAAGUGAUGGACCUUUCGUCUUUGGAGUCAGUGCGUCAAUGCGCCCAGCUAUUGCUUCAAGAAGAGGAGGCCAUUCAUUUCCUCAUUAAUAAUGCUGGUGUAUUCAUUAGCGAUCAAACAUUGUCACAAGAUGGCUUCCAAAUUCAUUUCGCGGUCAACUAUCUCGGACACUUUCUAUUCACGAUGCUGCUGCUUCCUCUACUUUUGAAAUCCGCUCCAGCCAGAAUACUCAAUACUGCAUCUGAUGUUCACUAUCUAGGCAAACCAAUAAAUGCGGAUUACAUUAAGAAAGUGAACAGUUCGGCUCUAGCUGGUUACACAAAUAGUAAAUUUGCUGUCGCUUCGUUCACAAAAGAGCUGUCUAGAAAAUUGGAAGGAACUGGUGUAACUGUAUACAGCACUCACCCAGGUAUAGUGGACACCCCGAUGUCGGAAAAAUUCCUGGCUUCCUACAAUUUUUUCAUCAGAACCGUUAUAAAAAUUGUAGCCAAACCUGUGGUGAAAACGCCAAAAGAAGCAGCCGAGACAAUUUUAUACUGUGCUUUGGACGAUGGAGUGGCUGCAGAGUCUGGGUUUUAUUAUUGUGACUGCAAACGAAAGCAUGCUGCUUCAAAAUGUGAAGAUCCAAAAACAGCCAAAGAAUUAUGGGACUUGAGCAUCAAUCUACUGGAUCUUGAACAUACAAAUCUUUUGGCAGUAAAUACUUGAGAAUUCUCAGCAAAUAUCAUUUUGUGCCAAAACAAUAUUUGUUAUAUAAUGUUUUGUUUUGAAUGACAGAAUUGUCGCCUCUAGAGUUACUCAUGAAAUUUGAAUGAUGAAAGUCCAGAAAAUGUUGUGCCAUUCUAGAGAAAAAGCUUUAACUUUCAACUUUACAAAAUACAGAAAUAAUACAGUAGGAAACUGUUAA